AGGCGCCAGUGCUUUAAAAUGCAGAUACAUUUUGUAAUUUCAAUUCCACGGUUCUUCCUCGCGUAAUCACACAAAUCAAACAUAUCAUCAUGGAACAAUGUUGGGCUGACAAAGUUGCUUUGAUUACUGGAGCCAACUGUAGCAGUGGCAAAUGCCUAGCAGAAUGUCUAGUUGGCAAAGGAAUGAAAGUUAUUGGCAUUGCCUCACAAGUUGACAAAGUAAAGGCACUUGCUGAGGAACUAAAGUCGAAGCCUGGAAAACUGUUUCCUCUACAGUGUGACCUUUCCAAUCAGAAUGACAUCCUGCAUGUUUUGGAAUGGGUUGAAAAGAAUUUGGGAGCCAUAGACAUCCUCAUCAACAACGCUGCUAAUAACAUAGAUAUCUCACUACAGUCUGGUGAAAUGGAAGACUGGAAGAAAAUGUUUGAUGUUAAUUUCCUUGGAUUGACUUGGAUGACCAAGGAAGCUCUGAAGCUAAUGAAGAAGAAGGGAAUUGACAAUGGUAUUAUUGUAAACAUCAAUGAUGCUUCUUGGCUGAAAGCACCAAUUAAUUGUGAUCGUCCAAUAUCCCCAGCUUAUAUAGCCAGCAAAUUUGCUUUGAAUUUCUUGACAGAAAGCCUUAGAUCUGAAUUAGCACAACUUGAAUCUAACAUCAAAGUCAUUUCAAUUUGUCCUGGUUUGGUGGAGAGUGAGAUGACUGCACAAUGGUUAAAGGAAAAUCCUCGUAUGGCUUUGAAACCCAAAGAUGUGUCUGAUUGUGUUCUCUUCGCGUUACAAUCUCCUGACUCAGUACUCAUCAAAGAAAUAGUUGUCUCACCAAUCCGUGAAGCGAUAUAAAAGAAAGAUAUCAUAUCGAUUAUUUUACUAACUGUUUAAUGUAAAACAUGAUAAUUAACACUUGUAAAUAUAAUAAAUAAAAAUUUUUGCAAUAUA